UAAAUAUUGUGUAUACGAGCCACUGUACAGCUUUAUUUAUAAAAUAAACGUGUUUAUCGUCCGAAUUAAUCGCGUGAGCCUUAGUGACAUUUUUCGGUCUUGUCAUUCACCGUCAAACAUUCCCGUGCAAACUCCCAAAAAAUGUCCGACAAAGUCGAAGACCUCAACUACGACUUCAACUACAACCUCUUCAUCGCCAAGACCCUCCUCAACAACCUCGCCAAGCACGAGGACAAGACCAGGGCCACGCGAUGGAUGAAGAAGCUAAGUACGUGCAACCGCACCCUCAACGAGAUCAAGCUGCGCAACGACUUCAUGUACUACCUCAUCGUGAACAUCCAGAACGGCGAGCUGCAGCCGCCCUUCAACGAGAACCCGCCGCAGAAGCCGCUCCCGUCGAUCGCCCACCUUCUGCCAGGGGGCGCGGAGGCCGAGGCAAGGGACGAGGCGGCGGCCUUUGAAAAAAUGGAAGAGACGACGGCGGGGCGGAAGCCCAUGCUCUACGAGAACUCGCCAGAUGGGGGCGCCUUUCUGGCGGCGCAGCCCAUUCCCAGGUGUGGGGCCUUCUGCUACCUGGCGGUCGUGGCGAGGAAGCCCGAGGCCGACUGAUUAUUUGAUUUUUGAGACGAGAUUUCAAAUAAAAAUAUUUUUUCUGUUUGGUAAGAUAGACAACCAGCAAUACACGACUUUUAUGAGA